AUGGAGCGACCGAAAAUGUUGCGCGUCGAGCUGCCAGAAACCGAUAUGUUUGCCAAUUUGGUCAAGUUUUUUCGUAUGUCCAGCGACGAAUUCGACGAAAGUCGAUACGAGAAAUUGUUGAGACGCGCUCGAUCAGAAGAUUUAAGCGAAGUGUCGGGAAUCGGAUGUCUGUACCAGAGCGGAGUUGACAGGUUGGGACGUCCGGUCGUCGUUUUUAUCGGGAAAUGGUUUCCCUUCAACAAAGUCAAUUUGGAUAAGGCGCUCUUGUAUUUAAUUGAUUUGCUCGACCCUAUCGUACGUGGGGAUUACGUAAUUGCAUACUUCCAUACACUGACAACAAGUCAAAAUUAUCCCACAUUUGCAUGGCUCAAGGAAGUUUACAAUGUUCUACCGUACAAGUACAAGAAAAACUUAAAGGCUUUUUAUGUUAUUCACCCUACAUUCUGGACCAAGAUGAUGACCUGGUGGUUUACCACGUUCAUGGCACCUGCCAUUAAGCAAAAAGUGCACAACCUAGCAGGAGUGGAAUUCUUGUACUCUGUCAUGGCUCCGGAUCAGCUCGAAAUUCCAGCUUUUAUUACUGAAUAUGACAUGACUAUAAACGGAUUUAGAUACUUCCAACCGGCAGCGCCCACCUAG